UUUCACUUCAAGAAAGAAGUAUCUGUCCUAGCCAAAGAUAUUGUACCUGUUCUUGAUAAUUUUGAUUGGCAGAAAGCAGAUCCUUUACCCAUCAGACCUUUUGUGAACAAGCGGAAUUUUAAUGUUUCGAUGGGCUUGCUGAAUUUGGCCAAGCUGCCUCUGGACUGGCUCUUGAUUGAGAACACUUACGUUGACCAGACGCGAUUGAGAAAGAAAUAUACUGAGCAGUAUACAAAACACACAGUUCUAUGCUAUGAAAACGAUAUAACGACAAGAGCUGUUCGUGAAUUUUACGAGUUGGUAACGAACUUCUUGUUGACGAGGUAUCCCAAGGAAUUCUUCUAUAGCAAGAAAUCUGGUAUGGUGCUGAACAGCAUUAAUGGAGAGAAAUUUCCCAGAUAUGCUGGAAAGUUUCUGCCUCGGGAGCUAUUGUUAUGUCUUUCUGCAAAUAUUGAAGAAGACUUCUUGAUUCUCAUCAAAGACAACCCGCAAGAUCCAGAUGAAGAGUACAUUCUUCGUGCUGGAGUCACUGGGUUUCCUGCGGGAUUUGACCCCAGUCAUAGUCAUAACCAGCCAAUCUCGGUUAUCCAUUCGCCAGUGCCACAAUACAGAGACAGGUUGAAAGUGUCCAUGGGCCGCUUUUUCAACAAAUUACAGCCCAAGGAUCUCUGGGUCAGACACAAUUGGUCUGUACAGACUCACAAGUCAUAUUUCAAUCUUAACCUGAAUCAUGGUAGAGAAGGUGACGAAGUCAAGACAUUGAAGUAUGAUGACAUUGAUUUUGAAGAAGGAUGUUUCCUUCGUGUAGAGAGGCAGAUAUUUUCACGAUUACCGAAGCUGAGAGCCAACAUCAUGACCAUCCGUACCUAUUUGACGCCCAUGAAGAAUAUCAAGGCUGAGGGCAACGGUGAAGAGCUUUGUAGAUCCAUAGAUGCACUUCCGGAGGAACUUGGUUUCUACAAGAAGAGAGGAGCCUGGGGUGAUGCUGUGAAAGAGUUCUUACGGAAGAAGUAG